GUGUGGAUGUGAGGACAGCAGUAGUGUGGAGCCAUGGGGAAGACUACAACCACGCUGGAAAAAUGUCUCAUCUUCCUUUUCGUGGGGAUGACCUGCGCUUGCAUCGGCCUGGUGGCGGUUUACUUCACUGACAAACCUGAGCCCACCAAGGAAGAAAUCCUGCCAUCGGGCUGCGGAGGUCCCCAGGAGUUGUCUGCAGAAUCUGGCACCUUCACCAGUUGGAACUACCCCAACAGCUAUGAUAAUGGUAUUAGCUGCUCCUGGCACAUCACUGUGGAGCCUAACAAGGUGAUCCAUCUGUGGUUCGAGGAGUUUGCGCUGGAGGAAACCCAGCUCUGUACAGGAGAUUUUGUCACUCUGCGAGAUUCACUGGGAGUCAUUGGUAAAUACUGCGGCUACUCCAAACCAAAGCCAAUCGUAUCCCUGACCAAUCGCCUGACUGUGUACUUCGACACCAAUGAAAGGAAGACAGACCAAGGAUUCAAGGCUCAUUACAAGGCCGUGGCCCCGGAAACUGCGGCAGAAAUAGCCGGAGCCGGUGGUUUUCUCCAAGGUGACCUGGGGAAUCUGCAGACCCCAGGCUCGCCGGGGCAGAACUACCCACACGAUGCGCUCUAUCAGUGGAAAAUUACAGUGCCGGCGGGUGAACGGGUCCGGCUGACGUUCACGUCCUUUGACCUAAUCCCGGAGGUGUGUGGGGACUUUGUGCAGGUCUAUGAUGGAGAUGGUGCCGGCUCUUCAGUACUGGGUAAAUUCUGUGGCGGCACUAUGCCCAAGCCAGUGGAGACAGUGAUUGGUAACACAAUGGUGGUCCGCUUCAAAUCUGACAGCACACUGAGCUCCAAAGGAUUUGCUGCAACUUUCACUAAGUCCAGCCUGCCUCCUCCUGUGAUCCCCACUACUACAGCAAAACCAGUCACAACAAAACCAAGCACUUCUGCACCUGGAAACGUCACUUCUGGCUGCGGUGGUCCUGCUCUGAUCACUGGGAGAAAAGGAGUCAUACACUCCCUAGGGUUUCCAAAUGCAUAUCCGGCACAUCUGAGGUGUAGCUGGAACAUCACAGUGCCCAAAGGUUUCAUGGUCAAACUGCAGAUUACAGACAUGGCCAUCGCAGGAGAGAUAGGCCAGUGCAAGGAAGACAAGCUGGUCAUCUCGGACAAAUUCAACACGCUAGGGACUCAUUGUGGGCACCUGCUCCCCCCUGUGCUGGUCAGUGCCAGUGAGACAGUCUCUGUCACCUUCCAGUCUGACAGCCGCCUCACAGACCGCGGCUUCUCUGCCAAGUGGGAGGCUGUGUACCCCGAGGAUAUCACAGAGAUCCAGGGCUGCGGCUUUACCUCCACAGAGCAAACUGGAAUCAUAAAAUCCGCCAACUGGCCCAUGAAUUACAAAGCCAAUUCUGAGUGCAUGUGGAAUAUAGAGCUUCCUUUGGGGAAAAAGAUCUUUUUCAAUUUCACCCACUUUGACCUCGAAGCAAAAGACAUCUUUACAUCCAAGUGCUAUGACAAUGUAAUGCUUUACGAUGUCAACACAGCAACUAACAAAAUACAGAAAUUUGGUCAAUUCUGUGGAACUAAGAUGCCUGGAAGUAUCCAGACUGAAGGAAACCGCCUGGUCGUCCGCUUCAGUUCGGACUUGUUCACUGAGGCAAAAGGCUUCAGGGCUCAUUGGACUACGAAUCCCAGCAUCCUCCCUCCCACUGAUCCACCCGCCCCACCAAACCCCUGGGACGGGAUCCCUAUAGACUGGUCAAGCACUUGUGGGAAACCAGCUAUCCCUCCUUCCAUUACGACACGCAUUGUAAACGGGGAGCCAGCCAAGCCCCACUCCUGGCCCUGGCAAGUCUCCAUGCAGGUUUUGCCAGAUUCUCGACCCACGCAUGCGCACAUCUGUGGUGGCACACUUAUUCACAAGAACUGGGUGCUUACAGCUGCCCACUGCUUUAUCAAUUAUGCGGAUGAGCUCCAUCGCUGGCGCAUGUGCCUGGGCAAACACAACCUGACCUUCACCGAAACCACAGAGCACUGCUUCAAUGUGAGUGGCAUCUACCGGCAUGAAGGUUUCAAGUACCCCACCGUGCCCACUGUGGAGUUCGAUAUUGCCCUGGUUAGACUGGAUGGAGAAGUUACCCCAACUAAUGAGAUCUCCUACGCCUGCUUGCCUUCAGAAGAGGAGGUGCUGCCUGGAGGGAAAAAGUGCUAUGCGACCGGUUGGGGCGAUGAAACAGGUGACUCUCUGAAUGCUAAGCCCUCCGAGGUACUAAAUCAGGUCGCGCUGCCCGUGGUCCCGUAUGACACAUGUAAAAGGAUGGACUAUUGGUGGUUUCAAGUCAAGACUUCUAUGAUUUGUUGCGGCUAUACUCUUCCUGAUGAGCUCAAGUCUGUUUGUCAGGGAGAUUCAGGUGGUCCUCUGGUGUGCCAAGAUGCCCCUGGAGGUGCCUGGGAAGUUCAUGGCAUCACUAGUUUUGGUCCCAUUGGAUGCAUCAUGGACAAGAAGCCCUCUGUGUUCACACGCACCUCUGCCUACCUCCCCUGGCUUGAGAAUGUCAUGCGCAGGGACAUCUACAAUGAGCAGACAUCUGGCUGUGGUGGGCCGAAGGACAUGACAGGCACAGCGGGCACACUGUCCUCUAUGGGAUUUCCUGGCGGUUACAAAAACAAAGCUCGCUGCCAGUGGAACAUCAGGGUGCCCGAUGGCAAACUGGUCCACCUUCACUUCCAGAACUUCUCCCUGGAGGAGAGCAAUGGGUGCAUCAACGACAAAGUCAGGAUCACAGACCAGCUGGGAAGUUUAGGCACCCACUGCAGCCAUAUAACCCCUCAGGACAUAGUCAGCUUUGGUAACACACUGCACCUUAGCUUCUCUUCCAAUGACAGAAUAGUGGACACAGGUUUCCAUGCCACCUGGAGAGCUGUGGAUGCUUCCCAAGCACCAUGUGGAGGCAGCUUCAGCUCUGAGCAGGGAGAAAUGACGUCUCCGAACUGGCCCAAUGACUAUGCAGCCCAGUCUGUUUGCACAUGGACUGUCAAAAAUCCCAGUGCAUCAAGUAUCCAUGUGGUGUUCACCCACUUUGAAUUGCAAGCUGUGAACAUUCUUGGCAAAUGUGUGGACUAUGUGGAGAUUUUUAAUGGAGCAACUAUGACAUCACUAGGUCAGUACUGUGGAUUUGCCCCUCCAGAAGCUAUUACGGUCCCUGCUAACAGUGUGCUCAUUCGGUUCGUCAGUAAUGGAGCCAAUCAGCAGAGUGGUUUCCGUGGAUACUGGACCACCAAUCCUGCCAUUUUUCCAACUAUUGCUCCUCCACCUCCUAACCCUUGGGACAACAUCACAAUCACCUGGCCUAAAGAUUGUGGACAUCCUGCGAUAAAACCAAGUAAUGCCACUCUGAGGGUGGUCAAUGGAGUAGAGGCCGUGCCCCAUUCGUGGCCCUGGCAAGUUUCUAUGCAGGCUACCCCUGUGUUGCCCAUCCCUUACAUGCAUGGCUGUGGAGGAUCACUAAUUCAUGAAGAAUGGAUUCUCACUGCUGCACAUUGUUUCAUGUUCCCUCUGAACAAGCCCUCCUUUUGGCGCAUGUGUCUGGGGAAGCACCACAUGAACUCUUCGGCAGACGUCCCAUCAGCGGAGGCCUGUUAUAAGGUGGACGGCAUCAUUCGGCACAAGGGUUUCGUGUACGAGCAGGACAAGACGGACAUCACCAACGACAUUGCCCUGGUCCACCUGUCUGAAAAAGUCAACAUGAGCAGAGAGAUUAGCCCCAUCUGCCUGCCCAAACCCGGGGCUGUGAUGCCUGCUGGGACAUCUUGCUUCGUCACAGGCUGGGGGGAUGAAAAAGGAAACCUCUUCCCCAAAGUGGCUGAGCAGCUGAAUCAGGCAGCCCUCCCUAUUAUAGAUUAUCCCACCUGCAGUAAGCCAGCGUAUUGGUGGGACACACUGCAUCCUUCUAUGAUCUGUGCAGGAUAUGAGUCUCCUGAUGAGCUCAAGUCUGCCUGCCAGGGUGACUCUGGUGGUCCUUUUACCUGUGAGUCUGCCACCUCGUCCUGGGAAGUCCAUGGCAUCGUCAGCUUUGGGCCUCAAGGCUGCAUCAAAGACAAGAAGCCCUCUGUGUUCACCCGUGUGUCAGCGUUCAGCGACUGGAUAGAGCAAAACAUCAAGAAGUUUAUAUUUGAGAGAACGAUAAGGUUUAACUAGAUCACUUCUGAGACAUUUCAUAAUUAUUCCUAGGUAUAUAAAGAAUUAUUAAGAAAGUUGUAAUUUAAAGCAACACUGAGACUUUAACAUCAUGGUUUAACUAAACAUAGUGUGCAGUGUAUUCUAUAAGAAUGCUUCAAUCUAGAUAUGCUUUGCUGUGUACUAGGGUUGUCAAAAUAUCAAAAAUGACAUAAAAAUCGAUACUAAAACCAGUAUCGAAAAGACCCAAUUUAACAAGUAUUGAUACUGAAAAAAAAAACAUA